GGCCACUUUGGCUGUUGCCCGCGUUACAGUACCACAAAGUGUCACAGAGCUCCUAGCAAUACGUGUCCCUCAAACGGCAGGGUGUUCUGCAACCAGCUCCUCCUCUCAAGGCUAAUAUUAAAAACUGCAAGUUCCAUAAAAUAAUUCAAGGUGAGGAGUUGCAUGGAUUUUCAUAUACUGCUACUUUCUUCGGCUACCACAUAAUUUGCUAGGACUGUCUUCUUUCAAAAAUGGGCUUUGGGUUCUUAUUCUUCUGGGGUUCUUUGAUUUUGAGGUGGUGGGAGCCUAGAAAAUCUUGUUCAAAGAGGUACAAAUAAGCCUGUUAUAGAGAACUUUUGCAAUAUCGCUGUCAGGAUCCAUUCUGUGAAUUGUGCUUCAUGAGAGAGCGGAUACUGGCUUGCAAAGAUGGAGACCGACAUUAGUAAUAACCAAGUAUCAAGUGAAGAAGAGAAGAUGAGCAGAUCCCUGAAGAAAUUCCUGCUCGUAUUGAACGGUGCAAUGUUGGGGAUAGGCAAUUGCGGAGGUCCACUCAUCCAGCGGCUCUACUUCUUGAAAGGUGGUAAGGGUGUCUGGAUAUCAUGCUUUCUGCAGACAGCUGGUUGGCCAUUUAUCAUAUUUCCUCUCUCUGUUUCAUACUUGUAUCGUCGAAGGAAAAAGGGUUCCAGGACCAAGCUUUUCUAUAUUAGCCCGCACCUCUUCUUAGCUUGUGCUGUUAUAGGUGUUCUUACUGGCUUUGAUGAUUUUCUUGCUGCCAGUGGUGUUUCUCUUCUACCCGUCACUACUUAUUCUCUUAUAAUUGCUACCCAACUGGGCUUUACUGCUGGAUUUGCUUAUAUUUUGGUCAAGCAAAAGUUCACACCUUUUACCAUUAAUGCAAUUUUCUUAUUGUCAAUUGGAGCUGUUGUCCUAGUCCUCCAUGCUAGUUCUGAUCGCCCUGCUCAUGAAACUGACAAACAGUACAUUAUGGGGUUUUUAAUGACGCUUGGAGCUUCAGUGCUUUAUGGGUUUGUGCUACCCUUGAUCGAGUUGACAUAUAAGAAAGCAAAGCAGACCAUUACUUACACUCUAGUUAUGGAGAUGCAGAUGGUUUUGUCUUUCUUCGCUACUGCAGUCUGCAUCAUUGGGAUGCUUGUGCACAAGGAUUUUGCGGCAAUUCCAAGAGAGGCAAGAGACUUUGAGCUUGGGAGAGCAAAAUAUUACGUGGUAAUGGUGUGUACUGCAGUGUUUUGGCAAUUCUUCUUCAUGGGAGCAGUCGGUGUUAUUUUCUGUCAUUCCUCGUUGCUCUCUGGUAUUAUAAUUUCUGGUCUGCUGCCUGUGACAGAGGCUUUAGCUGUGUUGUUCUACCACGAAAAAUUACGAGUUGAGAAAGUGAUUUCUCUUGUUUUGUCGCUCUGGGGCUUCAUUUCUUACUUCUAUGGUGAGCUCCGGCAAAUCAAGAAACUUAGAAUCAGGCUUCAACAUUAGGAGAAGUUUAAUUAUAUGUUGAAUGUAUAUGUAAUAAGUGCUUGUAUAUAUUUGUUACCAAGUUUCUGAUUGAGAGACAAUUGUUGUCAAGUGACCAGGCCUGAUUUAGAAGUUCUGUUCAACUGAAAUUUUUAACUGCUUGAAAAACUGACAUGAAAUAAGAGAGUUGCUUCUUUACAGCGUUUUGCUA